AUGUGGCGCUUUCUGGGGUUUGCAUCGUCAACUGAGAACGACAAGCCUGAACCCUCUCGCAGUCUCCCAGCUUCUUGGUACCGAUCCCCGGAACUGCACCAGCUCGAGAGAAGAGCCAUCAUCUCCAAAAAGUGGAUCUUGGUUUCACACUCGCUGAGAUUCAAGCAAGCCGGAGACUAUAUCUCUUUCAACUAUGCGGACUUCCCAUUCUUCCUGAUCCAAGACCGAGAAGGCAACAUCAACGGCUUUCAUAACGCUAGCAUUCUCAGCUGCAAGUAUCAUGGCUGGUCAUACGGCUUCAAGGGAAACCUAGCAAAAGCACCGAGAUUCGACACAGUGAGGGGUUUCGACAAGAAUCAACAUGGCCUCCUUCCUAUUCACGUCCGCAUAGAUCCUGCCGGAUUCAUUUGGGUGAAUCUCCAAGCAGGCGAGCCUGAUGUGAAAUGGGAGGAUGAGUUUGGUGGCGUCUACCAGAAACCGAGGAUGCAGAACUUUGACUUCGCCGGGGGUUACAAAUACGACCAUGUUUGGGAGAUGGAGCUCGAUGCAAACUGGAAAACAGUCAUCGAGAACUACAACGAGUGCUACCACUGCCCAACAUCUCAUCCUUUGAUUGCUGGCGUGUCGGACCUGACUCAGUACAAGGUUGAGCCAAGCGGAAGUUGUCUAGAGCACGAGAUCAUCAACAAGAAGGCUCGAGAUGAGGAGGACGAAUUUCGGAGGUCCAUUACCUUCUUCUUCCCCUCAACAUCGGUGACAAUCACUAAAAACUUCUUCUACAUCCAACGGAUGAUUCCAGUCAAUGCUACGAAAACAAGGAUCGAGAAUGAGGUCUACCGAAGCCAUAGUGCUGGGGAUGAAGAGUUCGCAGCAAUCAACGCAUUCUAUAAGCAGGUCUUGGAAGAAGACAAAGACCUGUGCAUUGGAGCGCAGAGGAACCUGAGCGCCAGCGUUUUCGUCAACGGUGAACUUCAUCCUGAAAAGGAAAAGGGCCCAAUUCACUUCCAGAACACUCUCAGGGAAGAGGUGAUGGCACACAGGAAGAGAGAGCUUGACCAAGGGGGCAGAGAGAUCUGGCCAGCCACGCCGAAGCUGUACGGGGAGAUGAACACGGGGAAGCUGAACGAGGAAGAGUCAUUCUGCUCCGAGCUUGAGAAGGCGAGCUGCGGGGCUCGGCAGGAGCUUGCAUGCUGUCUUACUCUCAUGACCAUGGCGCCUCUUGAGAUUCCCAUCAUCGACUUUUCAGGGUUCUACUCGCAAGACCCAGCCCAGAAGCAGAAGGUUGUGGACCAGGUCCGUGACAGCUGCCUCUACAAUGGGUUCUUCCAGAUCGUUGGUCACUCUGUACCACUGCAGCAGCAGAAGGCAGUCAUGGAGAAUGCGAAGAAGCUCUUCAACCUUCCUCUUGAGGAGAAACAGAAGGUCGCAAAGGAGAACAACACAUGGAACCGAGGCUAUGAGAUGCUGAGGUCGCAGAUCCUUGAGGAGGGAACGCAGCCAGAGUUGAAGGAAGGCUUCUACAUUGGCGCUGAGAUCCCCGAGGAUCACCCCUACUUCAUCAACAAGAAGCUUAACAGCGGACCGAACCAGUGGCCCCAAGGCCUUGGAAACGACCUGGAGGGCUUCAGGUCAGCUUCGAUGGAGUACUACUCAUCCGCCCUGUCUCUGGCAUCGGACUUGAUGAGAGUUUUGGCGCUGUCAUUGGAUCUCGAGGAGAGCUACUUCAGCAAGUUCAUGGAGGGUGCUGUGGCUACCAUGCGACUUCUCCACUACCCUUCUCAGCCUGCGGACGCGGACGAGAAGCUCACCCGCGGCAUUGGCGCUCACACAGACUUCGGUGCUAUCACCAUGCUUCUUCAGGACAAGGUUGAUGGUCUCCAGGUCUGGGACAAGAAGAACGAGACUUGGAUCGAUGUUCCCCCCACCGAAGGCGCAUUCGUCGUCAACCUGGGCAACCUCAUGGCCCGUUGGACCAAUGAGAAGUACAAGAGCAAUAUCCACAGAGUCAUCAACAAGUCGGGCCAAGAGCGUUACUCCAUUCCUGUCUUCGUCUCUGGUAACCCGGACUACCUCGUCGAGUGCAUCCCCACUUGCAAGUCAGCUACUGAACCAGCCAAGUUCGGGCCUGUCACCGUCGAACAAGCAGUCUCCGCGUCGUAUGCGGAGUCUUACGGAAGGGCGCAACUCUACAAGCAGGGCUUGGAGAAGGCCAUGGCGAACAAGCUCAAGACACAACAGCAAGCACAACCGGCUCAGAUUGCUGUAGCUUAG